AUGGUGACAACUGAAUGCUUAGAGGUUGGUUUAAACACCUUAACUAAAGCAGCAAUGGGCAGAGGAAUGAGCAACUUCGUCUUUGUUGUUUACUCAAAUGCCCUCGCCUUUUGCUUGCUCCUCCCUGCAACCUUCAUCUUUCACAGUUGUUUUGUGCAGACUUGUGUGUAUAUUGGGAUUCGGUAUAGCUCUCCAACUUUGGCAUCCGCCAUGGUUGAUCUGACCCCAGCUUUUACCUUCGUACUUGCCACCAUCACCAGGAUGGAAAAGCUAAACUUGAAAGCACAAAGCAGUCAGGCCAAGUCCAUUGGCACCAUAAUUUCAAUCACAGGGGCAUUCAUAGUGACUUUCUACAAAGGCCAGCCAAUCACCUUCUUUCAUUCGCUUUCGUCGCCGCAAUCAAACUGGAUCAUCGGAGGAUUUCUCUUUGCUGUUGCUGCCUUCUUCCUUGCACUAUUGUACAUUGUCCAGACUUGGAUUAUUAGGGACUACCCUGCAGAGCUGAUGGUAACACUCAUUGCUUGUGGCUUUGUGACUAUCCUAUCAACUAUUGUUGCUCUUAUUGCAGAAAGGGCACAAAGUGCUUGGGAAUUAAGUCUUGAUAUUGAGUUGCUUUGCAUUUGCUACUCGCUUCUUAAUCUGUUGGCAAUUGCUGUGGUUGCACUUAGGAGUGUUGCUCAAACAUGGGUAUUGCGCAAGAAGGGGCCUGUCUUUGUUACAAUGUUUAAGCCUCUUGGAAUGGUAAUUGCAGUUAUCAUGGGGGUUACUUUUCUAGGGGAUAUUCUGCAUAUUGGGAGUGUGAUUGGAGCAACUAUUAUAGCUAUUGGUUUUUACUCAGAGAUGUGGGGAAAAGCUAGAGAAGAGAAGACUGUUGAAGGAAAUGGAUUAAGUGAUUGUGAUUCAUCAUCAUCUACCAAAGUCCCAUUUUUGCAAAACAAAUGUAUGGAAGUAUAG